AUGAGCAGCGGCUGCGCUUUGAAAUUUGCCAUUUCCUAUUAUUAUCGAAGGGAUGGAGGCUUGGCACGGGGAAACCUGAUAUACCCUGUUGUUGCAGGGGAGGAUGGGACUUCAUGUCCUGAUGCCGUGUUUCCCAUCUAUAACCAUUACGACGACUGUAGGAAAGGGCCAGGCCCGGAGCUGUCACAACAGGAAUUUUCAAUAGGCUUAUGCUUGGCAGGAGUACAGCGUAAGUGUAAAGUGGAACAAUUAGAACGACAGCGGCUGGAGACAAUCCUCAAUCUGUGUGCAGAAUACUCCAAAUCUGACAGCACCCCCGCUGCAGCUACAACAGUUGCUGAUGUUCAAAAAAUUAACAAAGAACUCGAAAAACUUCAGCUCUCCGACGAGGAUUCGGUGUUUGAGGACUCGCAGAUGAAUCUGGAAACCAGGUUCAGGAACCACCUGAAAUCAUCUGCAAGCGAUUCGGACUUCUCGGAGCUGAGCAGCCACAGCCGCAGCACUGCUGCUUUCCACCCCUCUAGAGGGUUGAGAGCCGACGAGCACUUCAACGAAAGCGCGAAGCCUCCACCUUCCGCUGCUCCCGGCUUCCUGAAGGAUGCCACCGAAUCGUCCUACCUAAGCAUCACACCAAAGAUGCCAGAAUGCACAAGUGAUGAGCAAAGAGGGCAGGAGCUUGGUCGACUGGAGGAGGAGCGCAUAGUAAUACUAAAUAACUUGGAAGAACUUGAGCAGAAGAUCAAAGAUUUAAAUGACCAGAUGGAUGAAUCCUCAAGAGAGUUGGAUAUGGAAUGUGCCCUUUUGGAUGGGGAACAGAAAUCUGAAACAACAGAGCUGCUGAAAGAGAAGGAAAUAUUGGAUCAUCUAAACAGAAAAAUAGCUGAGCUGGAGAGAAAUGUUAUUGGUGAAAAGACAAAGGAAAAAUUAAAACUUGAUGCUGAGAGGGAAAAACUAGAGAGGCUUCAGGAGCUUUACUCCGAGCAGAAGACGCAGCUUGAUAAUUGCCCUGAGUCCAUGAGGGAACAAUUACAGCAGCAGCUGAAGAGGGAUGCUGAUCUAUUGGACAUAGAAAGCAAACACUUUGAAGACCUGGAAUUUCAGCAGCUUGAACAUGAAAGCAGGCUAGAUGAAGAGAAAGAAAAUCUGACACAACAGCUCCUGCGUGAAGUAGCCGAAUAUCAGCGUAGCAUUGUCAGUAGAAAGGAAAAGAUAUCUGCACUCAAAAAACAAGCCAAUCAUAUUGUCCAACAAGCACAAAGAGAACAAGAUCAUUUUGUAAAAGAGAAAAACAACUUAAUAAUGAUGCUGCAAAGGGAAAAAGAGAAUCUCUGUAAUCUGGAAAAGAAAUAUUCCACGCUUUCCGGAGGAAAGGGAUUUCCUGUCAGUCCCAAUAGUCUAAAAGAGGGCUAUAUCAGUGUAAGUGAAAUUAGUGAGCUGUAUGGCAAUUCCACGAAUAUAUCCCCUUCCACCCAGCCCCCCACAGAUGCUGAAGCAGUUGCCACUGAGCCUUCCACGGCUGUGCUGACCAGCCAGCCACAAAAUAAAGAGCAUUUCAGAAAUCUGGAAGAGCGAAAGAAGCAGCACAGGGAAUGCAUGUACAUGAGUGAUACUUUACCUCGCAAGAAAACUACUCCGUCUGUAUCACCGCACUUCAAUAGCUCUACACUUGGACGAAGCAUUGCAUCUAAAGGACAUUUACCAUUAGGACAGAGCAACAGCUGUGGCAGCGUACUUCCUCACUGUCUGGCAACCAUGACCAAAGAGUCAGAGUCGAGAAGGAUGCAGAAAGGGUAUAACCACCAGCGUAUCUGUGAAAACCAAAGGCAGAAGUCUCCUGAAUUCUACAGCAGAACAGCAUCCGAAUCGAAUGUGUAUUUGAAUAGUUUCCAUUACCCAGAUCGUAGUUACAAGGACCAUGCCUUUGAUACACUAAGCUUAGACAGUUCUGACAGUAUGGAGACAAGCAUAUCGGCAUGCUCACCAGAUAACAUUUCCAGUGCUAGCACUUCAAAUGUUGCAAGAAUAGAAGAGAUGGAGAGACUUCUGAAACAAGCGCAUGCUGAAAAGACUAGGCUGCUUGAGACCAGGGAACGGGAGAUGGAAGCUAAAAAACGAGCUCUGGAAGAAGAGAAGCGCCGCAGAGAGCAACUGGAGAAAAGAUUGGAAGAAGAAACUAGCCAGAGGCAAAAAUUAAUUGAAAAGGAAGUCAAAAUAAGGGAGAAACAAAGAGCACAGGCCCGUCCCUUGACUCGCUAUUUGCCCAUUAGAAAGGAAGAUUUUGACCUACGAAGUCACAUCGAAACAGCCGGUCACAACAUAGAGACCUGUUACCAUGUCUCCCUCACAGAGAAGACCUGCCGAGGCUUUCUGAUUAAAAUGGGAGGAAAAAUUAAAACAUGGAAAAAACGAUGGUUUGUUUUUGACAGAAACAAGAGAACUUUUACUUAUUACGCAGACAAGCACGAAACUAAAUUAAAAGGUGUAAUAUAUUUUCAAGCUAUUGAAGAAGUCUAUUAUGAUCAUCUAAAGAAUGCAUAUAAGAGUCCCAACCCGUUGCUCACUUUCAGUGUUAAGACACAUGACCGGAUAUACUAUAUGGUUGCUCCUUCACCAGAAGCCAUGAGGAUAUGGAUGGAUGUUAUUGUUACAGGCGCAGAAGGCUACACCCACUUCAUGUUAUAA